CGGAAGGCGGCCCAAUGAAGAGGCAGAAGGAAAGAGCUCCGCGGCCAGUAGGAGAAGGGCAGAAGAAGGCGGGGAAAGCUGAGCGUGAGGUCCGGGAGACGGUGCGCCAAGCUUGUAAACAGAUCCUAUGGAGGUGCUGUUAAAGGUGCUGGCCUCUUCAAAGAUGGGGACCAAUAGCUGAAGGUGUCACAGACCCAAGAAGCUCCUAAUCCUAGGCUGUGCAACAACGUAUGGAUGAUAAUCUUCAGGAGGAAGCAGGAAUGAAAGGCAAUACUCUGGAGAGCUCCACUUUUCACCAGCCCCACAAGUUGACCUCUCAGCAACGAGUGGCUGAAGAAUGUGUCAGCACCCAACCACUAAGCAGCGCUGGAAAAGCCUGCUCUCCCCUAACAUGCUCAUUCGAAGAAGGCAAAAACCCGAAAAGAGCCAAGCUUGCUGGUAGAAGACACACUAGUCCAAGCCUUGCCCCUCCAUUCCCUCCAAUGCUGGAACUGCAGGGGAUGUCUUACAGACAAGUCUUCCAGAAUUUGGAUCUCCAUAGCCAGUGUCCUUUCAGUAUGCCACAGUGCAGGAGGACUCCAGAAAAUGCUGAGGCUGCCCAUGCAGCCCCUUACGUGCCAAUCUCUGCCCCUGCCAGACCAGGAGUGGAUUUGUCACAACCCCCGUCAUUGAGUCACCAGCUGAUGGGUUGCUGUCAUCAAAACGCUCAUGAAUGCAUGCCUGUCAGGGACAACAGCAGAGUGACGAGUCUGUACGCUGAACUGAUCAGAGAACUGGAGCAGCAGGUGGCAGAGUUGAGGAGAGCGCUGGCGUCUCGGGAGGAGGCUGCUGUGCGGCAGGAGAAGAGGAUCCAGGAGCUGGAGCUGGAGAACCGUGAGCUGAAAGCUCUCAUCCAGAACUUGGAGGAGCAGAACGACUUCUUGUCCAUCAGGAACGGUGCAGGAGGAGGCACACCAGCCAGGGUGGUGCUGGGAAUGGGGGACUCUCUCUUUGAUGUCAAUGAAAACAAUAUUCAGUUCCUCAAAAGCCUGGUGGCAGUGCUGGAGAAUGUCACACCUUCACAGGUCAGUGGUCUGCAAUCACCACCUUCUCUGGAAGACCAGAGGCACACGCCAGCCACUGUGCCACAUAUCUCACCAGGUUGGAGGACACUAAACACAAAACCAGGUGGCUUGUCACCCUGGAUAAAUGCAGAUGGGCCAGAAAUUCCCGUUGGGCUCAGUGAUGCCACCAGCACAUGGGACAACCAUGUACAAGAGACACUGUCUGAGGAGUCACCCGUAUGGGCAUUGCCAAUGGAGGAGAAUGGGAGGACGAAGCUGGAACUGGUCCCCAACUCGCAAGUUUACGUUUCCCACCACCAGCUGGAGGACCUAUCCCAAGUCUCCACCGACAACCCUGAGCUGAUGACCAGACGCUUGUUGGAUUACUUCUUCUCUCGUGAAACUCUUGCCCGGUCUUCGGCCACUGGACAACGCAUCGCCCACAACAACAGGACCAUGGAGCGGCCCAUCCCAUUGCCGGUUGCUGUUGUAAAUGCUAUCAAAGAGUACGUCACCAAAACGUGCGGCAGAGGCUGCAAUUUCAAUGCGGUGAUCAACAGUAAAUGUGGGACCUCCCGAAGGGCAAUUAAGAAAAUGAUUGACCCGGACUGUCAAAGUGGACUGAAUGGCGUUACAACCACUAUUUUUCAAGAACCCUUCAAAGGGUAGCACAAUAAUCCAUUUUGAGACCAGGAUGGCACAGGUAUGGGUUUCUCCUUGUGCAGCAAUAGUGGCAGAUGGAGAUCAUGAAGAGAGGAGGCUCCUAUGAAUUGAGUCUUAACUUGCCAGUGCAGGGGACAGGGAAGAGAGGAUGGAAUCCGUAAUGUCUCUCUUGGAAAUCUCAGCAAGUGGGAUGACCCCAGAACUCUUCAUUUCAGGAAGCCUUGAAUAGACUUGAAUAGUCUGGAUGAGAACUUGACUCCCAAGUAUUUUCUCAGCUAAGUAAAGCAGUCUGAAAACAGAUUUCCCUAUUCUGUUACCCGAGAACCAUAAUUUUAAUUUCUUAUCCACUAGCAUCUCCCAAAAUGGGACCACCUCACUCCUAUUUGUGUUUUAAAAGUUUUACCUUCAGCUGCAAACUAUUUGGUGCCACUACGGUUCUCUCAAUCACCAUUAUUUUAUGAAGGUGGGAGGGUAAGUCAGAUAUCCAUUUAAAAAGUCACCUGCUGGUGGAAUUAGAGCUCUCACCCAUUUCCUCUGCAACCCUCAUCUCCUGCAAACUGGUCUGGACAGCCAGCCGUGGAAGCCACUUGUUACUGAAGCAAAAACAUGGCAAGACACUAGCUUCUAAUAAAUGUUAUAGUUCUUGUAAAUAAGACAAGUUUCAAACUGGAGUGUAACAGCAUGGGUUCAUUUAUUUCUCUUUCCUGCCUACCUCUCAAAACGGUGGUUUUCCCAAAUUUGUGGAAAGGCCUUGAUGUGCAAGACUUUGAGGGCAACAGGAUGGAGAUUCAGGUUGGUGGGAAGAAUAAUGUAUAUUCUGAGCCCACACACUGGAAGAUUAGUUGGCUUCCUGUCAGCUAACUGGAGCAUACAAUUCAUUGGGAAGUUCUUCUGUACAAGCCCCACUGAAAGAUACCUUCUGUUUGUUUCAGUGAGAUGCAUGCCGGAGAACUUCCUGCUGGCUUUGAGCUUCUGAAAGAAUCCACAAAGUAUAAGCAAGUUUGCCUUGCCUGCCCUGCAGUCUAAGGCUUGUUUUAUAGGCAGGGGAUAGCCUGAAAUGGGAGUUCCCAUGAUGACUUACCCCUGCCGCUACUGUGUGCAAAGUCCAACAACAACAUGCUCAACAUUUUGAAUACAUCAGCACUGUGUGUUCCUGUGGAACGUAUACACACCAGCCACAGGCCAUAUCAAUACAUGAAAUUAAUAAAGCGUACCUUUGAAUGUUGUUAAUGCUGUACACAAAGGAAUGGUAGGAAAGAGAGAAAACUUAAAAUCAAGAUGUACAUCCUGGCCAACUAAGCUUUGCUUUUGCACUGUAAACUAAACUGACGACAAAGUCUGGAGCUGCCCUUGUGAUCACCUGCAUAUAGUCUCAAAACACCUCUCUAGAACCUCUUUAUACCCCAACAAGCCACCUAAACGUGCUUGCUCUUUCAUUCUUUAAAAUGCAGCAAAGCAAAACAAUCCUUUGUUCCCAAACUGUAGCUGGAUCUGCUUCCGACGAUUGGAUUUAUCAAGAACUGUGAUUUCCCCCCCCCUCCCCUUCUGGGCUGGCAUUACACUGGCCAGCUGAAUUUCAUAGCAGUGAUUAA